AUGGCAGUUCAAUCCAGAGUCGCAGCUGUCACAGGCGCAAACAAAGGCAUCGGUCUCGCAAUUGUCCGCAACCUCGCCCUGACCUACCCAUCGUCUCCACUUUGUAGCGGCCCCCUUCUUAUCUACCUCUGCGCACGCUCAGCAUCCCGUGGCGCCGAAGCAGUCAAGACUCUUCAGAACGACCCACAACUCAAGCAGGCAAAGGUCCUGGCAGAAGAUGGCGGCGACACGACAAUCACCUUCCACGAGUUUGAUGUCAGCGACAAGUCCAGCAUUCACGCCUUCCGCGACUUCCUGCAGAAAGAACACCCCGACGGCAUCGAUGUCUUGAUCAACAACGCCGGCAUCGCCAUGGAAGGCUUCGACUCCAACGUCGUCAAGCAGACACUUGCGACAAACUACUACGGCACCCUCGAAGCGACACAAUCCAUCCUCCCCCUCAUUCGCGAUGGAGGCCGCCUCGUCAACGUCAGCUCCAUGGCUGGCAAGCUCAACAAAUACACGCCCGAACUGCGCGACGCUUUCACCUCCGCCUCCCAGUCCGGCGUCCCCGACUGCACCGCCCUCAUGCAGGACUUCACAAGCGCUGUCGAGGCAGGCAAAGAGAAAGAGCAAGGAUGGCCAUCCGCCGCAUACGCCGUCAGCAAGGCCGGUACAACUGCUUUCACAAAGGCCAUUGCCGCCGAAGAAGACAAGAAAGGCAGAGGCGUCCUGAUCAACGCAUGCUGUCCUGGCUACGUCAACACCGACAUGACAAAGGGCAACGGCGUCAAGACUCCCGACCAAGGCGCAAAGACCCCCGUCAUGUUGGGUCUUGAAGACUUUGGAGGCUCGUCUGGCGGCUUUUGGCAGAGCGAAAAGAUCAUUGAAUGGUGA